CAAGGGAUUCUGUGAAGAUUUGACAGAAGGAAAAUUUUCUUUCCCCAUCAUUCACUCUAUCCGUUCUGAUCCAAGCAAUCGCCAACUUUUGAACAUUUUAAAGCAACGCAGUAACUCACUUGAGCUCAAGCAUUUUGCUUUACAACUGUUGGAAAAGACAAACACAUUUGCUUACUGUAUUGAAUUUUUGAGGGUACUGGAAGAGGAAGCAAGAGAAGAAAUUAAAAAGUUAGGCGGUAAUCCUAUGCUAGAAAAAAUUAUGGAUGUCCUGAGUGUCAAGCCAUGAAAGGAAUGGGUAUGCGUGUUUGAUACACAAAUAAAUAUCAAAGUUUUACGGCCCGGACAACUUUUUCUUUCUCUUUUCAUAUUUUUUUUGACACAACAUGGAAAAAAAGAAAUUAUCUCAAUGCCUUGUAGAACCAACUACGUUUGAAUUUAGACACUCUACAUUUGAGUAUUCAGUUUAUCAGCCCUCACCACGCUUUCUAAGAGAUUUUGACAGCAUAUUUCCACAAUUAAGUUCUAAACAAAGAAGCCAGUUAUUAGUUGUACCCGUCAUUCAAAAAUGUCAGCAUGAUAUGGUAGGGAUCACAAAAGAAGUCAACUAUGAGAGAGACAUUCGUUUGGAACUAUUUGUUGAAUGGGGUAAGAAAAUUGUAGACAGAAUCAAAUCUGUUGGUAUGUGGGCGGAUAUCAUGGAUCCUGCUUCUGGUUUCCCUGUCUUUGGUGAACCAGGACCAAGUCCUUAUCCUGACGUACAAGGAACUCAUAUGCUCUCCUCUCGAUUUGAUGUACAGAAUGUUGGCUGUUGUCAUAUUCUUCUUCAUCCUACUUGGAACAGCCGUAUAUACCCUUCUACUUUAUUUACAACAGCUCCAGCAGACAUUUUGAAAAAGAUUAUAAACGAAAAAUAAUGCAUUUGGGUUGAGUUACAAUUUAUACACGGGGUUUUUAAAUGUUGUUACAUGAAGU